AUUUUUCUUCAUUGGCAAACCAAAGUUCAGUUCAAAUGUUUUAAAUCAGUUUGAUCCCGCACCAUGGACAGAUCGCCAUGGCUGCCCGUCUCAAACCGAUGUUUACGAUACACCAUUGCCAGAUCCGACUUGGGAAUGGGUCCAUAGAAUGUGGUUAAUAGACAUGUCUGGUGAUGUUGACGAAGGUGGCUGGGAGUAUUCAUUUAAUUUCCAUGGAUAUAGCUGGCACGGUAAUCAGACUUAUGAGUUUGAGUUGUUCGUAGGGUAUUAUUCUAAAGCCACUAGAAUCGAACUCUAG